AAGAGAAUACAGUAACAACAUGAGUCAGUUGGUGGUGAUUUUCACACUGCUCCUGGUUUCGGCGACCGCAGCUGUCCCCGACGUCUCACAGAUGCUGACAUCUGUCGUCGUGAAUCCGUAUGUGGACUGGAAUGGCACUGAGUGCAUGGGAACCACCCCUGGAGACCGUGUAUGCAACUACAACUGCAGGAAGGUACUGCUCUGCCAAGGGGAAGAACAAGCUAUUGAGUUGAUAACGUGUCAGGGCAACUACGGAUGCGUUCGUGGGGAAUGCGUCGAAGGCGAAUCGGAAUGCGAGGUGGAAAACUACCCCAUCACGUGUACAGGCAUGGGGCUCUUCCCUGACCCUUACGACUGUACCAAGUUCCACAUCUGCAAGGCAGAGGGAAACUCUUCCGUGAGAUACUGCAGCGACGGCUGGGCUUAUAACCCACUUACAGGCGUGUGCAGUGAAGAGCUAACGGGCAGCAUAUGCAGCAGCCUUCCCAUUGUGUGCGACGCCCUAGCCGAUACCAAUACAUUUCCUGGAAACCCCAGCAUCUACUACAUCUGUGUCAGCGACGACGGGGUUGAAAUUUACCCCUCUUUGUACAGAUGCCCACACGGAGGAAUUUACAACCCGAGCACCUACCAAUGCAGCGAUGGCCCAACAAAUUCGUUAGUGAUGAGCUCUUCAUCAUCGUCCUCAGGCGUAAAUUAGUCACCGACCACUACGUCUGGCACAGGAUCUGGCACCCCUUCAUCUGUGCCUCCCAGCACGACACAGCCCUCGUCUUCCGACACCCCACUUACACCUUCACCCACUUAUUCGUCACCGACAACACCGUCACCUGACGCAACAUCUGGCACACCUCCCACCACACCUGGCAGCACGGCAGGGCCUACGUCUGCAGACACACAGCCAGCAACGUCUUCAGCCACAGGAUCGUCACAGCCAACAGCGUCGUCCGACACGCCUGGCACUCCCCCUACCGUGACUCCCAGCACAGCACAGCCUACACCUCCGGACGUGCCAACAACGCCUUCACUGAGGUCCAAAUGCUAUUGCCACAUAGCAUACCUGUGAUACAGGGCAGUAUAUACACCAGGGCCGAAUAAAUACAUCUUUGCUUACAUUCAUAUAGCCCAGCAGGACUCCUCCCUCCACUGGCGGCGAGUGUUCAAACCCGCUGGAAAUCGUUCCAGAUCCCAGUGACUGCUCCAGCUACUACGAGUAUCUCCCAACGAAUAAGUGGACGCACAUCGAAUGCAUUUAUGGAUAUUACUUCAAUUGAGACGAGGAGAAGUACCUUUAUGGCUCUUGCCCUUACACUUCAUGGUGAUCACUACUUCUGGUGAUAAAUCAGAAUAUAUUUCAGAGAGUAAUUAUGGCUCAGUUCUAAUAACUACCUUAACAGUGACACUUGUAUUUCAUUUAGUUAGCUGUCUCAGCCAAGAACAUAAAUCGUUGUUAAUGCAUUAUUUUGUAUCAUUAAAAAAUAAAUUAUUAUGUCCAAUUA